UCACAAUUGUAUCCACCGUAGUUCCCGACUACAUAUAUCGAUUUAUUGUCGUUAACAAGUCUGUGGAACAAUCAUAUUAUUAAUAUCGUUGAAACUGAUAUAUUUUAUACAAACAGACAUUUAUCAACAAUGGUUUCACAGUCAUCAAUGCGAAAAAUGUGUAUGUACAGCACUGGUGAUGACGUCACAAAGACAGUAUGGCCGGACAGCAUCGGCUGUCUGCAUUGUAACUUUAGGUGAACGUUUUACGGGGGUUCUGAGGGAUAUUUAUAAAGAAAUAUGUCGGAUUAUUUGAAGUCUGCUCUUGGAUACUUGAAUGGAGCGACAAAUACAAAUGAAUACGUUGGAAAAAUACUAGAAAUCAACAAUGUGAAAUUACGCGUGACCAGGCUAAUUUUCGAGGGUUUCUGGGCUUUGGUUUUUGCGGUAGAAGAUAUUCAAACAGGAAAAGAGUAUGCACUUAAGAGGCUCAUUGCGGUUGACGAAGAAGCUAACAAUAAAAGUAUACAAGAGAUAGAGACUUUAAAAAGGCUAUCAGGCCAUCCAAAUGUAAUUCAAUAUGUAUAUGCUCAGCGUUUGGAACGCGAGGAUCGUAAUGGAUAUGAGUAUUUAUUGGUGACAGAAUAUUGUCCAGGUGGGACAGUAGCAGAUUUACUGAGAAAUUUGCCGCCAAAUUCGUUGAAUCUUGCCCAAAUUUGUAAAAUAGCGUACCAGGCAACAAAGGCUGUACAUUAUAUGCACAGUCAACAGCCUGAACCGCUUAUACAUCGAGAUAUAAAGCUAGAAAAUUUUUUAAUUGGAAGCGAUGGUCUGGUUAAACUUUGUGACUUUGGAAGUGUUUCUUCUCAACAAAUUUUACCAAAUCCAUCAUGGAAUGCUCAGAAACGUGCUACAUUAGAAGAUCAAAUGGCAAAAAAUACAACACCCAUGUAUCGUGCACCUGAAAUGAUGGAUACAUGGAGUAAUGAGCCUAUUGGUCCACCAGUUGAUUGUUGGGCACUGGGUUGUAUCUUGUAUUCCUUAAUAACAUUAAGGCAUCCGUUUCCUGAAGGUAACAAACUUGCGAUUGUUAAUGGCAAUUAUCCACCAUUUCCUGCCAAUCCUCGUUUAGCCUGUCUCCAUGAUAUAGUAAAGGGAUGUUUAGAUGUGUCUCCUGUUCGAAGAUUUGCAACAUCAAUGAUUCUGGAACGUCUUGCAGCAAUAGCCGAAUCUAACAACUUCGAUCCCAGAGAACCCCCAAAAGUAGAAAUCGUAGUUAAAACUCCGCCACCUCCUAGACCGGUUCCACCACCUAGUACACCUACUCCGCCACCGCGACCAUCUCCUCCAGUUAAUAUGCCACCUCCAAGACCUGCGCCGGCUCAAACGGCUGUGGCAAAAAUUCCGGUAGCUCAACCAACAGGCCUAUUUAGUUCGUUAAGAGGUGGUGCUGGUAGUAUUCUACGUAACUUAAAGGAUACCUCGAGUAAAGUGAUGCAUUCCGUGCAGCAAAGCAUGGCUAGAACUGAAUUGGAUGCAAGUUACUUAACGUCUCGUAUACUAAUAAUGCCCUAUCCAGCGGAUGGAAUAGAAUCCGCCUAUCGAGCCAAUCAUGUGGAGGAUGUUAGAGCUUUUCUUCAAGCCCGGCAUCCACCUCCCGCUCGAAUUCAGUUAUACAAUUUAUCUCGUGGACGGCCAAACGUAUCUAGGCUUUCUGGUAGACAUAUUGAUUGCUCAUUCGCCUAUGCUUCGUCGGACUCAAAUGCUCCUUUACUAUCUGCAUUAUAUCAAAUAUGUCAAGACAUUUAUCGAUACUUGAACGCCGACUUCAAUCACGUUGUAGUGUUAUAUUGUACUGACGGAUAUCGAGCAAGUGCUACAGUUGCGUGUACAUUACUGAUUUAUGCUAAAGCAUUAACAACCCCCGAAGAGGCGAUAGCAUUGUUUACGACAAGACGUUGUCAGCCGCCUCAGUUACAACCUUCAGAAUUGCGCAGUAUUAAUUACAUGAGCUUAUUGAGUCGUGGUGUACAUCCGCAUACGAAACCAUUGGCGCUUCGAACUUUAAUUAUACAACCAGUACCAUUGUUCACAAGAGCGAAAGACGGUUGCCGACCAUAUAUUGAUAUCUAUAGCAACGGUGCAUUAGUUUACUCCACUAAGCGACCAGAGUACGAGGAGAUGAGAUUGUUCGGUAUGAUGGAGGGAAAAGUUCCUUUGGUAUUGGGUAAUGCAACGGUUCGCGGGGACGUUACUGUUGUAAUAUUCCAUGCCCGUCAACAACUUGGUCGCGUGAUCGGAAUUAAAAUCGCAUCGUUUCAUUUUCAUACGGGCUACAUACCUUUGACUGAAUCCGCUUUAACGUUUAAGAAGAAAGAUCUAGACGAUGCACCCGAAAUUGGUGGCAAGUUCAGUAUAAUUUUAAAUAUUACCGUAGCCGAAGAGAAUUCAAAAUUAGCUAGAGUUCCAGCUCCAUGGGAAGCAGAAUUAUCUUCGUCGAACCUUGAACCUGAUCCGUUAUUUGGAUCAACCUUGGAAAUGGAAGAAACAUUGGAGAACUUUAGAACCGCUCGAUCAGAAGAGGUUCAAAAGGAAGCACCAGCUGCACCGACAGUCGAAACACCGGAUAACGUUAACGUACAACAAGAAGUACCUCAGCAAAUAGAAAACGUAGAAGAAGAAGCAAAAGAAGAAGUUAAAUUCCAAGAAGCCGAUUUAUUGAACCUAGGAAUGCCAGACACCAGUACCUUAAAUACUCCGCAACGUGCAGCGAAUCCAGAAUUAGAUAUUUUUUCUAACUCUAGUCAGAACGAAAGUGAUCUCUUAGGAGGUUUUGGUGUUUUUACUCAGCAAGAAACAAAAACCACAGUUCCCACGAUUAGCGAUCCUGUUCAGAAUGAUUUACUAUUUGAGCACGAUCAGCCUACUAAGAACGAUAAUACUAAUAAUAAUUUAAACAUAAACGAUUUAUUCUUUGAUCAAACUCAACCUACCGUUAAACAAGAAGUUAACGAUUUGUUGUUUGAUCCAUUGGCUGGAAACUCCGCAAAAAAUCUAUUGGGGAAUAUGCAAAAUGCCAAAUCGAACGUUGCAAAGUCUCCAAAUACCGAGGAGAACUUUCCACGGAAUUCGAGCGUUCCAAACUUCGCAGCACAAAGUAAAGAUCCAUUUGCAAAUCUCGCCAGUUCUUUAGGGGCUGGUCUAACAUCUAGUUGGAAUGGUACACCGAGGAAUUCAAAUACUCCACAGUCUACUAGCCCUGCGCCGGCUAGUACGCCGAUCCAUUCGAGUCCUAAUACGCACAAAUCCACCGCAACUAACGAGACCAAUACCGCAGACAGCGGUGCAGCUGGCAAUAAAACGACUAAAUCAAGCGGAGAUGCCUUUGAGGAUUUACUGGGUAGUCAAGGAUAUAACUUCUUUAGUUCAAGAAAAGCAGAGAAGGAUAGUCCAAAGACAAUAAAUCAAAUGAGGAAAGUAGAAGCUGCCAAAACUAUGGAUCCAGAUCGAUUAAAAGUAGCUGAGUGGACGGAAGGUAAAAAGGGAAAUUUACGUGCUCUUCUCUGUUCGAUGCAUACUGUUUUAUGGCCAGAAGCUGACAGAUGGCAACGUUGCGAAAUGCACCAAUUAGUUACAGCUGCGGAUGUUAAGAAAGCGUAUAGGAAAGCUUGUUUGGCUGUGCAUCCAGACAAGCAAGCGGGAACGGCUAAUGAAAAUAUAGCAAAACUGAUUUUUAUGGAACUGAAUAAUGCCUGGAGCACGUUCGAAAACGACGCGUCGCAACAAAAUUUAUUUAGUUAAUUUUAAUGUCUGUUACUUGUUACAGAAAAUAAAAUCUAUGUCCAUAAAUCAAGGUAGUUCCUAGCGGAAAGACCCGAAAAUAUUAUAUUUAAUUGUAAGACAACUCCGUGUUACAUUCCAGCUAUAUUAUCUUAGCUGUAGCAACAAAAUAACGGAUUCAUAGCAGAGGCAAAGUUGAAGCUGCAUUUGAAUGGCUACCGUGUAUGUACAUGCAUCUUUAUCAUAUAAAGCCUUGUAAGAUCACUUACUGUAUUAAGCGUACUGCGGCAUAACAUGUAUGUAUAUAACGCAUAUGUAAAUUAAGGAAGAUUCCAAAUAUAUAAAGAUAUUUU